UACGAGCUAUACUCGGUAGAACUAGGCCCUGGCCCUGGUGGGGACAUGGCAGCCAAGAUGAGCAAGAAGAAGGCAGGCAGUGGUGGGGGCAAGAGGAAGGAGAAGCUGGAGAACAUGAAGAAGGAGAUGGAGAUCAACGACCACCAGCUGUCAGUGGCGGAGCUGGAACAGAAAUACCAGACCAGUGUGACCAAGGGCCUGUCUGCCAGCCUGGCAGCAGAACUGCUGCUGCGUGAUGGACCCAAUGCACUGCGGCCGCCAAAGGGUACCCCGGAGUACAUCAAGUUUGCACGGCAGCUGGCAGGAGGUCUGCAAUGCCUCAUGUGGGUAGCUGCUGCCAUCUGCCUCAUUGCUUUUGGUAUCCAGGCCAGUGAGGGUGACCUCACCACCGAUGACAAUCUGUACCUGGCACUGGCCCUUAUCGCUGUGGUUGUGGUCACUGGCUGCUUCGGCUACUAUCAGGAGUUUAAGAGCACCAACAUCAUUGCCAGCUUUAAGAACCUUGUGCCCCAGCAAGCAACUGUUAUCCGAGAUGGGGACAAGUUCCAGAUCAAUGCAGAUCAGCUUGUGGUGGGUGACCUGGUGGAGAUGAAAGGUGGCGAUCGAGUGCCAGCCGACAUCCGCAUCCUCCAGGCCCAGGGCUGCAAGGUGGACAACUCCUCGCUGACUGGAGAGUCUGAGCCACAGACCCGCUCCCCCGACUGUACACACGAGAGUCCCCUGGAGACCCGCAACAUCGCCUUCUUCUCCACCAUGUGCCUUGAGGGCACAGCUCAGGGCCUGGUGGUGAACACGGGUGACCGCACCAUCAUCGGGCGCAUCGCAUCACUGGCAUCUGGAGUAGAAAAUGAGAAAACACCCAUUGCUAUCGAGAUUGAACAUUUUGUGGACAUCAUCGCAGGCCUGGCCAUUCUCUUUGGUGCCACAUUUUUUGUGGUGGCCAUGUGCAUUGGCUACCCUUUCCUGCGGGCCAUGGUCUUCUUCAUGGCCAUUGUGGUAGCUUAUGUUCCUGAGGGGCUGCUGGCCACUGUCACGGUCUGCCUGUCCCUGACAGCCAAGCGGCUGGCCAGCAAGAACUGUGUAGUCAAGAACCUGGAAGCAGUGGAGACACUGGGCUCCACGUCAGUGAUCUGCUCUGACAAGACGGGGACCCUCACUCAGAACCGCAUGACUGUGUCUCAUCUGUGGUUCGACAACCACAUCCACUCAGCUGACACUACGGAAGACCAGUCAGGGCAGACGUUUGACCAGUCCUCGGAGACAUGGCGGGCGCUGUGCCGCGUGCUCACCCUGUGCAACCGCGCUGCCUUCAAGUCUGGCCAGGAUGCGGUGCCGGUGCCCAAGCGCAUCGUGAUCGGGGAUGCGUCCGAGACAGCGCUGCUAAAGUUCUCAGAGCUGACGCUGGGCAACGCUAUGGGCUACCGCGAGCGCUUCCCCAAAGUCUGCGAGAUACCCUUCAACUCCACCAACAAGUUCCAGCUGUCCAUCCACACACUGGAGGACCCGCGGGACCCGCGGCACGUGCUGGUGAUGAAGGGCGCUCCAGAGCGUGUGCUGGAGCGCUGUAGCUCUAUCCUCAUCAAGGGCCAGGAGCUGCCCCUCGAUGAGCAAUGGCGUGAGGCCUUCCAGACUGCCUACCUCAGCCUGGGAGGCUUGGGAGAACGGGUGCUGGGCUUCUGCCAGCUCUACCUGAGUGAGAAGGACUACCCGCCUGGCUAUGCAUUCGACGUGGAGGCUAUGAACUUUCCAACUAGUGGUCUGUGCUUUGCGGGACUUGUAUCCAUGAUAGACCCGCCCCGGGCCACUGUCCCCGAUGCCGUGCUCAAGUGCCGCACAGCAGGAAUCCGGGUGAUCAUGGUGACAGGUGAUCACCCCAUCACGGCGAAGGCCAUUGCAGCCAGUGUGGGCAUCAUCUCAGAAGGCAGCGAGACAGUGGAGGACAUUGCUGCCCGUCUCCGUGUGCCUGUGGACCAAGUUAAUCGGAAGGAUGCCCGUGCCUGCGUGAUCAAUGGCAUGCAGCUGAAGGACAUGGACCCAUCAGAGCUGGUUGAGGUGUUGCGCACCCACCCUGAGAUGGUGUUUGCUCGCACCAGUCCCCAGCAGAAGCUAGUGAUUGUGGAGAGCUGCCAGCGACUGGGUGCAAUUGUGGCUGUGACAGGGGAUGGUGUGAAUGACUCCCCAGCCCUGAAGAAGGCAGACAUUGGCGUGGCCAUGGGCAUUGCUGGCUCAGAUGCUGCCAAAAAUGCAGCCGACAUGAUCCUGCUGGAUGAUAAUUUUGCCUCCAUUGUGACGGGCGUGGAGCAGGGCCGACUGAUCUUUGACAACCUGAAGAAGUCCAUUGCCUACACAUUGACCAAGAAUAUUCCUGAACUGACGCCAUACCUCAUUUAUAUAACUGUCAGCGUGCCCUUGCCCCUGGGGUGCAUCACCAUCCUCUUCAUAGAACUCUGCACUGAUAUUUUCCCAUCUGUGUCACUGGCAUAUGAGAAGGCUGAGAGUGACAUCAUGCAUCUGCGUCCACGAAACCCGAAGCGUGACCGAUUGGUCAACGAACCCCUGGCUGCCUACUCCUACUUCCAGAUUGGUGCCAUCCAAUCAUUUGCUGGCUUCACUGACUACUUCACUGCCAUGGCCCAGGAGGGCUGGUUUCCGUUGCUGUGUGUGGGGCUGCGGCCACAGUGGGAGAACCACCACCUACAAGAUCUGCAGGACAGCUAUGGCCAGGAGUGGACAUUCGGGCAGCGCCUGUACCAGCAGUACACCUGCUACACUGUGUUCUUCAUCAGCAUCGAGAUGUGCCAGAUCGCCGAUGUCCUCAUCCGGAAGACACGCCGCCUCUCUGCCUUCCAGCAGGGCUUCUUCAGGAACAAGAUCCUGGUGAUUGCCAUUGUGUUCCAGGUCUGCGUUGGCUGCUUCCUGUGCUACUGCCCUGGAAUGCCCAACAUCUUCAACUUCAUGCCCAUUCGGUUCCAGUGGUGGCUGGUUCCCAUGCCCUUUGGCCUCCUCAUCUUCGUCUAUGAUGAGCUCCGGAAACUUGGAGUUCGUUGUUGCCCAGGGAGUGAGUGGGGAGACUGGGGGUGGGAGGCUGAAAUGUUCCCAGAGCAGCUGCUCUGACUUUUGAUUUUCAACACUUGACCUCCAAAUCAAGCCACCACUGAUCCAUAACUUCUGAGCCCCUGGCCCCACCUCCCCCAGCACUGAGUCUUCUUUUUCUCUCUCUCUCCCAGGCUGGUGGGACCAGGAACUCUACUAUUAGAGGGGCCCUGCCUCCACCACAGCCAGGUGGGGGUGGAACUCAUUGGACUGUCUGCAUAGUCACCAAAACACCUGAGCAAUCAAGAGUCCUAGCCUCACCUGUGUCUGCUCCUGCAGCCCACGGCACCCAGCCUUGCAGGGACCCUCUCCAUUCUCCUUCCCCAUCCCAAAGAAGCAGUCCUGGAGAAGCAGUCCCUAGGCCCAGUCCUCUGAGCUGGCCCGGAGAAGACCCCACGUGAGGGCUGGGGGACUUUGACGGAGAGUAGGAGCUAAUAUAGCUCCUGUGAGGUAGGCUGCCUGGGGGCUCCUCUUUAAAACACACUUGUGUCCAAGUGGUAGUAAUAAACCAGCUCAGUGACUGUGCUUUUACUGUCUUAAGUGUUUUUCAUGAGUCCCUUCGGUCCCACGAUCCUAGGGGCUAUUUGUUCCUAAAACACAGCCUGGCAUAGCAGGUACUCAAUAAAUGUCCUUUGGGGAAUUAAUUUCUCUUUCUUUGCUUAGGGUUACAGCAUUUAAAAGUGAGCUGGAUGUGACCACAGACACCCUCCAAAGUAUUGCUUUAACCAUUGCUUCUUAAACCACUGUUAACUAACAAACUGCCUCUGGGCUCUCUCCUCUCUCAGCACCCUUUCUCUCAGGAGGCUCCUUGACACAGGGUGUCAAAAUCUUUUCCAGCUCAGGCGGUCCCCGGCCCCCCACCCUUCACAGGUGUCUCCACUCAGAUUCCAUUCCUUCAGUCCUUUGCAGCCACCACUGCAAAGGGCAUCCUCACAGGUUUAGUCCCAACCAACUUCUGGAGGUUAAACACAGGCUCCUCCUCACACCCACUCACCUGAAAAGUUAACCCUCUAACCGCCAGAAACUCCUACACCUUUGGCUACACCUUUUCCUGGACCCCCCUCAUGCCUUGCUAACCCUUUAUUUAAUGUCUCUCUCUGGCUGAGCCCUGGGCUUCUCUCCUCUUCGCCACAGCACCCCCAGCUCCUGCCUCAGCUCUGUCUCUGCAGUGAUGCCCACAUCUGUCUCCAGCCUGCUAUGGCAUGUCUGAGAGGACUCACCUUGGCCUCUGUAUCCUCCUCCAAACUCGCUCCCAUCCACUGUCCCAUCACGGGGUUCCUUCUCCCUGGGAAACGUGGUGAGCCCUUAGGGAGCUUACAAGCCUCAAACUUGUGUUACCUUGGAUUCCUUCACUACUUUC